AUGGGUAAUAAAGACAGGCGAUUUAAUGAGCAUCCUACUUGGUUGGAAUAUAGUAUAGCAAAAGAUGCAAUUUUUUGCUUUUACUGCUAUCUUUUCAGUUUGAGUGGUGGUUCAUUUGUUAAAGACGGAUUCUUAAAUUGGAAAAAGAAAGAAUAUAUUAAAAAACAUGUUGGGGCUUCAAGGUUGACAUUGCGUGGACAUGAUGAAUCUGAAGAUUCAAACAAUCAAGGAAACAUUUUUGAACUAUUGCAUUGGUUGUGUGAUCAUAAUGCUGAGAUUAAGGCUGUUGCUUUGACGAAUGCACCCGAGAAUUGCAAAUUAACAUCGCCAAGAGUGCAAAAAUAUAUUGUGAGUGCUAUUUCUUCUGAAUGUCUACAGGUGAUUAUCAAAGAUGUUUUUGACAGUUUCUUCUUAAUUUUAGUUGAUGAAUCUCGAAACAUUUUAGUGAAGGAGCAAAUGUCAGUUGUCGUUCCUUAUGUGACGAAUGGCUUAAGCAUAUCUAAUUUGAGAGGUCAAGGAUAUGAUGGAGCUAGUAACAUGCGAGAUGACUGUGGCACAGAAAAGAUUGAAACUUUCUUCACUACUAUACACAAAUUGGUGAAUAUUGUUGGGGGAUCAGCUAAACAGAGUGAUCUUAUUCGAGAUGACCAAAGAUUGAAAAUUCUUGAAUCACUCAGUGUUUGUGAAAUAUCAAACGGACGGGGUCUCAAUCAAGAAAUUACACUUCAGUGUCCUGGUCGUUCACGAUGUGAGACAAUGAAAAAUUUGCAUAAUUUUCGGGUGGAAAUGUUUUAUGCCAUCAUUAACAUGCAACUUCAAGAGUUUAAUGAUCGUUUUUCUGAGGUAAAUAGUGACUUGCUCAUUUGUAUUGCGUGUUUGUCUCCAAAUAAUUCAUUUGCUGCUUUUGACAAGACAAAAGUGCUGCAACUAUGUCAGUAUUAUCCUGUAGAUUUUGAUGCAGUAGAUAUCUCUGAACUUGAUGAUCAAUUAGAUACAUAUAUUCUUGAUAUUCGUACUUUUGAAGAUUUUGAAGGAUUACAAGGUAUUAGUGAUCUUUCACAAAAGUUGGUUGCGAAGAAUAAACAUAAGGUGUAUCCAUUAGUCUACAAGCUUGUGACAUUAGCUUUAGUUCUUCUCGUGGCUACUGCUACAGUUGAGAGAGCAUUUUCUUCGAUGACUUACGUUAAAAAUCGUCCAUGCAAUUGA